UCGGCAAACCGCCCGGGCGGGCGCCAUACGACCAGAAUCUGCGCAAGCGACAAUCGCGUUAAUUAAUAUUUGUGAAAAACACAUAAAUACGCCAACGAAAGCUUCCGACACGCACGCGCAUGAUUCUGUGAAAUCAAUACGAGUUAAGUGAACGAGUUUCGAGUGCAGCUAAGAAGCCGGACAAGCACAGAAGACAGCGAUAAGGCCGUCCAAAGGCCGAAACGAAACGAUUCGAGAUAGGCAUUUAAAGCCCCUCGUAAUAAACCGCUCUGUGCUUGUUAAGGAUCAAAAAAGCUGCAUCGCUCUAUACUAUAAAUUGUAAACGAACUUCUCGAACCUUCUACCCCUCGGUGGCCAAGAGGGGGUUGUACAUAACGUUUUAUAUAUGCAUAUAUAAACCGGGGAAGAGAUCUCUUACGUCAUUGUUGAUUAAUAAUCAGAAUAAUUCGCAUUAUAUUUAAGUGUAUUAUGUUAAUUGUAAUAAUUAUAAAUUGACGUUGUAACUAUAAUACUAGUCAUUUAUCUAGUGUAUUUAUUUAUUUAUUUUCUCUAAAAGCUGUAUAUACCGGAGGUUCAGACAAUAUUCAAGAUAAUACCAAAGAAGGUUUUGGUGGAAACAUUUUCGGUGAUAACGAAAUUGUAAGGCGAAGGUACAAUCCCAAAAAUGCAGACGCAAAUGGGUGGAGAACUUCAGAGGAGCUAUCGGGUACAGGACUUCGUCUCCCCGGGUGUUAUCAUGAGGGAGCGAAGUUUUGUGAGGCCGCAGAGUCAUCAUAACAUGCAUCAUAACCAGUUUCCAAAUAAUGGGAAACGACGGAGUAUGAUCUUGACGAACACAAAAGGAAAACCAACGCUAGAAAUUUACAGGCCACCAGGUGUCCGCACAGACGGCGUGGCGGUGACUGCUGCCAGCGGUUCCAGCACCUCGACGACUGCAGCCUCCUCCAACAAGCUAAAUGUUCACGCCAAGGAGUUCACCAUGGCCAAGCCCUCGGACCUGCACAUUAGGUCGACGGUGGGCAUGGGGUACGGCAGCGUGGGCCUGCAACACUCGCGGUCGGCGGUGCUUCACGCGCAGGUGCCGCCGCACUACCGGCCCGUGAUGCCGCCACACGCGCUGCUCGCCAGUGCCUCCAGCGGGAAUGUUCCGCACGCGACGGUGGGUCCGCGUGUCCACUUCAAAUUGCCGCAGCAGAUCGUGUCGGACAAGAAGAAGUCUCCGCCAUCUUCUGUUAUAAACGGAAACGGGAAGAGCAUCCGGCCCCAGUCGUUCACGCCAGGCCUCAAACGCUCCAAGUCCCUGACGUCAGCGGACGCGCUGGCCAGCGGCAUGGCUGCCUUGGGGCUGGCUGCAGACGCGGGAGACCUGGGCACCUUCCCGCCAGAGAUACAGGAAUGUAUCGAUAAGGCACUGGAAGAUCCCAAUGCGGUGUGUGCGCGCACCCUGAUGGAUGCUGUGGGCCACCUGGUGAGCCGCGCUGUGGAGUCCCCGCGGUACGCGCUGCCGGCCGCGCGGCGCUGCAUCGCCGUCGUGGAGCGUGAGCAGACCGAGACCUUCCUGGAGUCCCUGCUCAACACGUGUCAGCAGUGGUACCAGGACCGUGAUAAGCUGCUGGGCAACGUGGUGGGGGGCGGGCGGCCGCGCCUCAUGGCGUUCCUGUCGUUCCUGCUGGAGAUGUACUGCCAGCUGCGGCGGCGUGCCAUCCAACGGCGCGGCACCAGCGCGCAGCCCGGCCACGUGCUGCUGGCACUCAUCUGCAAGUGCUGCGAGGACUGCAUCCGCCAGCCGGUGCCCUCGCCCAGCGACACUGAAAACCUUUUCUUCGUGCUGACGUACAUCGGGCGCGACCUGGAGACGCAGCUGCCCGGCGACCUGGAGCGGCUGCUGACGGGCGUGCGUGACGCCUUCAUCAACAGCAGCGCCGCGCCCUCCAUCCGCAAGACCCUGCUGCAGCUGAUCGAGCUGCACGCGUCGCGCUGGCAGCUGCCGGGCUGCGCUGUGCUAUACUACUACCCCUCCUCCAAGUAACCUCGCGGUUGUGGCUCAUACAGUGUUUCUGUGAACACAAGCUCAGUUCGUUGCAGGCCUCUAAUACGCUUGCGUGUAUUAAAUCUCAAUGUGAAAGUCUGUGUAAAAGUAAUGAAGAAUUUCGACCGCGAGACGUUGAUAUCUUGAGUCCGCUCCUAAGGUGCCUUCAUGAACUUAAUAUGACUGUCUGGUCUAAAAGUUCUUCACCAGUAUCCGUCGUUGGUGUCUGCAAAUGUUUGUGUUAAAUUGAUUUUAUGGCAAACGAUGCGUUGACGGCGACGCCAAUAAAGGCACAAAAAGGCCAGCUAGGAUACCCCACACCGAGCCAUGAACAACUUGAACAUUCCUAUGGAAAAGAUAAGUGCAUAAUUAAUACACCUUUUAUAAGGCUCUGUAUAUACUAGCGACUUUUAGUGCUUGCGAUCGGGGACUGCAGUGAUUUUACGGACGGUCUGGCGUUCGUGUCGAAAUCGAGCGCUAAAGCAAUUUCUAUAUUGAUGUUAUAGGUGUGGCACAUGUGUUACAUUCAUGCGCUAUAUGAUCGCAGGGUUCAGUUAUAUAAAUGCAGCAUCUUAAAUCACCGGUCGUUAAGUUGUAAAUCGUUAGUUUGCACGAGCCCUUAGUUGGUUGCACUGUCUAAAUCUGUGACGUUCUUUGCCACAAGGUCUUCUUCGAUCUUAUGUAAAAGCAUUUUAAGUAAUAUGAUUAUGAUGGUGUCUUAGUUUAUUAGUAGUUUAUAUUUCUUAUAUCUUUGUCUCUGGAGUCUUAACAUAACUUUAAUGUAGGGUUGUGUUAUCAGAUUUUCAAGUUUAUACAUACUCGUUGUUAAAUAUUUGAAAGUGAAUGUAUUUCUAGUAUAACAUAGCUUAGGUGUUAAUUUCUACAAGCGAUAUUAUAUGCCUCAAAGUAUUAAAAGAGUAAUGUGUAUAUAUAAUAUAUUGAUUGUAGUUGUCAAAGUAAUCGCGUACGAUACUGUGCGGUGCUCGCACAUAUAGUGCGCCUUAUUUUUGUCGUUUUGUGUUCGGCUGGUAUUCUUACGCAUCAUAUUCUCGGAGCUUUUAUUGAAGUGAAACUUCUUUAGAAUAGUUUUUUGAAACUCGAUGAAACGAAAAAGCGAGACGAUAGAGACACAAACAGGUAAAUGUAUAGGGUUCAGCCGGCGAGAGGAUGAGAUAGAAUACAUCGUUCUCAAUCUCAGUACAAGAAGUACUCAUGAAGUGACUGUUUAUUUUUUCAAUACUUUUCAAUGAGUAUUAUUUUUAAUCAGGAACUUUUCAUAAGUUUCACUUCUGCCGUGUAUGACUUUGAUUAUCUCCGUUUGUCGUCCUUAUAUUGCUUAAAAUCAGGCAAAGAUUAAAUAAAUAUUAGUGUCAAGAUAUUGAGAUGUAGUUCAUAUUGCAGCCGUAAUUGUGCCAGCGAACACAAGUCUGUAGCUUCAGGUAUCGAAAGCUUUUUUUUAUUCUAAGUACUUUCACUUUAUUUUUCGUAGUUAAUAUUAACAUAUUUUUUCAUCUGAUCAAUUUAAAAUGCAACAACAUGUAUAGUUCUACUUGUUUAUUUUUUCUUUGUAAGAAAAAUGUUAAUAAUCUACUUAAUAAUCUCGCAUCUAAUUUUGGUAACACUUACGAAUGCAUACCAUUCAAGCAUUAAUCCUAUGUAAAACAUAUGCAUAAUAUAUGUGCUUUUAAUGAAAAAAUAAAAAGAAAAAAAUAAGUUUGACUGAGUGAUGUAAGUUUGUGCAUGUGAUAUUACUAUAGGGUAAGUUUGUACGUCUGUCUGAAACUUUCUGUGUCUAACCAAAGACUGUAUCCACGUGGAGAUUUAAUUUUUAUUAACAUUUAUGUGCAGAAAGUUUGAAUUGUUGGAUCUGGACCAAAUUCGUCUUAUUUGUUCAUUUGUUUCUUAUUUGUGACUUAGGAAUGUGUAGAUUUAUCAAUUUAUACGUGCACUAUCGUGCUAUAUGACUCAUCCUAAGCUGAAAGUAACAAACUUCGCCAGUUAAUUAAAAAAUUGCAAAUUAAACUAAUACCGUGAUAGCAUAAUAGUAUUUAGGUGAAUUGUUUUUUGUCUAAUAAAUGUAAAAACUUUUGUACAGAGUUAAAGUUACUUUUUUCCAAAUGGCGAUCAUUGUCGUUUAUUUCUCACAACUUGAGUAUCUCUUAUUACCCUUAUAUUGAAGUUUGAAUUGUAAGAUCUAUUCGUACAUUAAUGGUUAACGUAAGAUAGAAAAAAAUAAUACUUUAUUUAAGUACUGGUGUGAUUUAAAUCGUAUUUCUAAUCUAGAGUCGACAUUUAUAAUAAUGACGGCUCUGAGGCACCACCUGUAUGUAUCCAGGUGCUACGAAGAUCUGUGUAUGUGGACUUGGUAGGAGGUAGUAGGUAUCUACUGUAGGUACUGUUGUGUAGAUAUUACUGCGCCUAGUAUUUAUACAGAUUGAAGAUAAUAAAUAAAUUUGUUUAUCAA